CUCCGGUCGGCGUUCCACUCAGUUUCUUGUUUUUCUCCCUCUUCAGUGUUUUGUGGCAGGUUAUCGAGGCAGGUUGCAUCUUCGUGACUUCACCGCACAUUCAAUCUCACGAUCAAACGGUGCCUCUUCGAGUGUCUCUAUCUCUCAACCAGGCAAGAUGAACCUCUGGACGGUGUUCGCCCUCCUGCUGGCCAUCCACUGUGGCCAGAGCCUCGCGGCGCAGUGCUGCGAGGAGUAUUGCUACGGCACGGACAGCGACAGGGCGCAGGCGAGGCACUACGCCACCAAGACUGCCUAUCAGAUCAUCCGGAGCGGCGACGCCAGUCGCUACUACAGCGUGCCCAACUGCGAGCCCAGGAAGUUCUGGAUGCUGAGCCGACAUGGAACGCGUCUGCCGAGCGCGAAAGACAUGCAGAAGCUGCGAAACUUAAUCGACCUCAGAGACCAAAUCAUUGAGAACUACGAGAAGAGGCGCUCCAAGCCCGACACUGGAGCGCUCUGUGACGCUGACUACCAAACCAUCAAGAACUGGCGAUGGGACAGCAACUUAACCGGGAACUUCGACAAUUACCUCACCGUUCAGGGAUGGAAUGAUCUCAAGUUGCUGGCGCAACACUACCAGAGAAUCUUCCCCAAUCUCUUGCCCAACAUUUACACACAGGACAAGUACUUGUUCCGCCACACAAACAUCCAGAGAACUGAGGCCAGCUUCAGAGCCUUCGUGGAGGGAUUGUUCGGUCCUGACGCCUAUCAGCACGUCAGUCUGGCUCCCGAUGACAACAAUGUCCUCCUGAGACCGUACGAUCACUGUCCAGCCUGGGAAACUCAAGGCGAUGCCAUUGACGAGCCCAAUUCCGAAGUCAACAAGUUCAUUGCCUCGCAGCUCUUCCAGGACACUCUCAGUCAAGUCUCCCAGCGUCUGGGCUUCAAGUUCCAACUGCCCGCCGACCAAGUGGAGCAGAUCUGGGACAUGUGUCGCUACGAGCAGGCGUGGUUCCUGCAGAGAGUCAGCGCCUGGUGCACGGCCUUCACCAAGUCACACGUGGACGUGUUUGAGUACAAGGAGGAUCUCAAGUACUACUACAAGAGCGGCUACGGCUCCUCCCUCAACUCCCAGAUCACCUGCGGCCUCGUGUCCGACAUGGUGCGCCACUUGGAGAGUGACUCCCAGCCACAGGCGGUGGCUUACUUCGCCCACGAUUCCGCCAUUCAGCUCUUCAUGACGGCGCUGGGCGCCAACAAGGACAGAGACUCCCUCCGGGCGGACAACUAUCUGCAGAACGAGCGGCGCACGUGGCGCACCAGCGACAUCGCCCCCUUUGGCGCCAAUCUCGUGGCCGUGAAGUACGACUGUCCGGAGUCCAAUGAGCGCCAGAAGGUGAUGUUCUUCCUCAAUGAGAAGCCCGUGUCGCUGGACUGGUGUCGCGUGGGUCUGUGCGAGUGGCGAGAUGUGCAGCAGAUGUACAGUCAGUACACAUCGGCGGACUGCUCCAAGACCUUCUGCGGCGGCGGCUCUGGCAAUGCCAUCAAAGUGUCCUUCGGUCUCUUCACACUCCUCCAAGUGAUCAUCAUCACGCUCAGGGUUUUCCACUAAAGAUGCGCACAACUUAUUGUGGCUUUUUCUCCCCCCGUGUGGCUUUUCCACGUAUGUCUCCAAACUUACACAAGCAAACUUCAUAAAUUUAGUAAAUUAAUUGUGACGAUAUUAGAAGAGAUCUUUAGGAAGAUAUCUUCCCAGUGUCUGUGUAGAGAAAGGGUCAAUAGAGGCAGAUUCAAUUAAAAGAUUUUCCAGAUAAA